AAAUGUCUUUGUUCAUCCAUCCCUAGUGAUUAAUACUGUAUGCGAAGCCGCUACAAUUUUAAAGGCCGAUAACGAUUGAUCAGUUACGUUUGUCCGCACGUGCGUAACGCGUAAUUAUUAAAGUACGCUUUGAUGCAGUCAACAGCUGCUUAUUUAUGUCUCAUUUUUUUCGACUGCUGAACGCGAUUUGGAAUGCACCGUCUCUGAAAUUUAUGCGAAGCAAGCUGCAAUUGUUGCGUUUUUCACAUGCAAAAUCUGAUAGCUGAUUGCAAUAAAACAAAGUUGUUAUUCGCAUUUGGGAUUAAAACAAAUGUUGCAUAUAACAACCAAAGGAAUUUUAAAUAUAAACCAAUAAAAGUUAUAACUUAAUAACCUAGUAUCAUGACGGAGUACAAACUUGUAGUAGUGGGCGCUGGUGGUGUUGGCAAGUCAGCACUCACUAUUCAAUUGAUUCAAAAUCAUUUUGUAGAUGAAUACGACCCUACUAUAGAAGAUUCAUAUAGAAAACAAGUGGUGAUAGAUGGUGAAACGUGCCUUCUAGAUAUUUUGGAUACAGCUGGACAAGAAGAAUACAGUGCAAUGAGAGAUCAGUAUAUGAGAACAGGAGAAGGAUUCUUGUUAGUGUUUGCUGUGAAUUCAGCUAAAAGUUUCGAGGAUAUCGGAACGUAUAGAGAACAAAUAAAACGAGUAAAAGACGCGGAAGAAGUUCCGAUGGUGUUAGUUGGAAAUAAAUGCGAUCUUCAACAAGCUUGGGCAGUAAACAUGACUCAAGCUAGAGAAGUCGCGCGACAAUAUGGUGUGCCAUUUGUAGAAACAUCAGCUAAGACGAGAAUGGGUGUAGAUGACGCAUUUUAUACUUUGGUUCGAGAAAUUCGAAAGGAUAAAGAACGCACAGGUAAACCACCUGGUAGACCUGGACAUAAGAAACGCCGUUGUUGUAUUUUAUGCUAAAUUCCAAACAAUUUUUCCUAUACGUUGAAAGAAAGAGAUAGGAAAAGAAAAAAAAGAAAGCAUAAUGCAAGAAAGAGAAAA